UGGCGCGGCGCGUUGGCUAGAUGCGUGCGCAAGCGAUCGGGCGUUGACCCGGCUAGUAUCAAUUACAUAAGCAGGUAGGCAGACCGUCAGGUCUGCGUCACUAGGGCUGAGAACAUGUAGGUAUUCGUGUGAGUGUGAAAUCGCAAUCAUAGAAACGCCGGCAGCCGUUGACAGCCUAGCUUUCCAUUACAUAAUAUCACAAGCAGUCAGGUUUGCAUUGGCGAGCUGAGGCCGUGUAGGUAUUAGCGUGAAAUGUCGUGGAGGUUGGAGAAGGUUUGCUUUCCCAUAGGAAACACGGGGACCGAAAUGGCAAGCGCGUAUAAAAGGAGGAGCUGGGUGUAUGCUAUCGGCAGUUGUUUGGAAGUCUGUAUCAAGAUGAGUCUACUGAAAGUGAAGUUUUAUGUGCUCGACAGUCCAGAACCCAGGCGAGGCAAGAAUGUGGCAUUUUGGAACGUGCCGCUUCUCACUGAAGACAGUCAGAGAACUGAUCUCAGUGUCUUCAGUGAGAAGUUUCUGAGCAGAUUUAGUGCUGGGCGGUUUGUACAAGUCAUGAGCCCAAGGGUGAGACAAGACAGUUUCACAUUAACGGAUCAGUCUACGCUAUGUACAGAUGUAUUACCUACCAUAUUGAUGUACACGUAUGUUGAUAGAAUGACAUGCGUGAGUUGUGUGUCGAUGGAAAAUAAAUGUCUAUGUCCUAUUGUAUAUAUGAAUUGUAUAUGAAUGUUUUUUUCAUGCUUAGAUCAUGUUUUGUGGGAAGUUCGCCAUCGAUAGACAGAUGGUGCAGGACUUUGAGAGUGGUCCUGAACUUUCCAUUGAUGAAGCACUCGGAUCACCGAAGCGACGACGAAUGAGUGUAUCAGGCACUGUUAGUGAUGUUGUUGUAACAGAGGCGGUUGCAGGACCAAGCAACGAGCAGAGACAGCGUGCUCAGUUCAGCAUAGGUGCUGUAGGUAGUCCACGGAAACUACCCAUCAAACUGUGGGGAGAACAAGCGAAAGAACUUCAUGUGAAGGAAGGCGAUGUUGUGACCAUCAAAGAUUUGGAGAUUGGGGAAUUCGGUUCCCGUAAGGAAGCGAAUUUGACAAGAACGACAAAAAUAGAGGUGACAUCAGCAUUGGACGAAGAAAUCGAGCAGCAAGGAGUUGUAUCAGCCAUUGAUAUUGACGGUGAGACCGUCACUGUUGAAAUUUCAAUGGGGAGAACAUCACCGAGGUUCAAGAUGAAUAGUCAAGUGCUGUGUGAACUGGGCGAGGAAGAUUAUGUCAUUGAAAGGCUGGACAGCCUGCAUGUGACCUUCACUGUAAGGAACGGGGAAAUCGUUCAAAUAAGGUACAAGUAGUAGAGAUCGUAUUUGUUAUCUGGUUGUCACAGAGCAUGUGAGAUAUUCGUUAAGUGUGUAAAGUUGAUCUUCUUACCAUGUGCAUUGUGCUGUGUGUACAUAUGUUGAGACUUCAUUUUGAUGAUUUCACUCGUGAAGUUGGC